CGUGAGGACAGUGUGGGUCCCGCAUAGAGGCAAGCAGGCUUCCGGCGGUGCAGCGUUAAGAGUGGGGGACCCUUUCGCAGGCCUACAGGCGACAUACUUUGAACCCGGUCCCUAAGACUGGCCCCACCCCCAGAGGCUGGUCCCGGUCAAGCGCGCAGGCGCAGGGGGCGUGCCCGGGCCGCACCACACCGCGUGCGGCCGCGGCGCACCGCUGCUAUGGGUCCACUGCUGGCGGCCGCGGGCGAGGGGCUGGUGCGUUACCUGGUGUAUUUCCAGUAUGUGGGCACGAACUUUAACGGGGCCGCGGCAGUCAGAGGCGCCCAGCGCGCCGUCGGCGUGCAGAACUAUCUGGAGGAGGCCGCAGAGCAGCUGAACUCUGUGAAGCCAAUUAGGUUUACCCUGUCCAGCCGCACGGAUGCCGGGGUUCAUGCACUCAGCAACGCAGCGCACGUAGACAUCCAGCGAAGCCAGGGCAGGCCGCCUUUUUCCCCCGAGAUCUUGGCCCAGGCCCUCAACACCCACCUGAGGCACCCCGCCAUCAGAGUCCUACAGGCCUUCCGGGUGCCCAGUGACUUCCAUGCCCGCUAUGCAGCCACCUCCAGAACAUACCUGUACCGCUUGGUGACAGGCUGCACCUGCCAGAACCACCUGCCAGUGUUUGAACGGAAUCUGUGCUGGGCUCUACCAGCAGACUGCCUGGAUGUGGCUGCCAUGCAGGAGGCCGCUCAGCAUCUCCUUGGGACCCAUGACUUCAGUGCCUUCCAGUCGGCUGGCAGCCCAACUCCAAGCUCUGUUCGCACACUGCGCCACAUAUCAGUGUCCCCUGGCUUGGCCAGCCCCUUUGUCCUUUCCCAGGAGAGCAGGAGGCUGCAGUUCUGGACCCUGGAGUUUGAGAGCCAGUCUUUCCUGUAUCGACAGCCUUGGUUGUGGUUACAGGUUCGGAGGAUGACAGCUGUGCUAGUGGCUGUGGGGCUAAGAGCUUUGAAGCCAGUCCACGUGAAGGAGAUUUUGGAAAGCAGAGACCCUCUGGGCAAGUACCAGGCUCGAGUUGCCCCAGCCCGGGGCUUGUUUCUGAAGUCAGUGAUCUAUGGGAACCUCGGGCAUCCUGGUAAGAGGAGGUGGGCUGGUAAGGAGUCCGUGGUUUGCACCUCACUGAAUCCUUCCCAAGGCUAAGUUCUCACUGGGGGAGGGAGUUCUUGGUAUCAGUCAAAGCCCUCCUGUUGUCCUGGCAGAUGGAAAUCCCAUAACCAGUGGGAUGGGCAAGCAUGUCCUGGAGUGAGCUGCCUCUGUUUCUGAGGUCCCAUGAACAAGAUCACAGAGGGCAGGGUGGCUUUUUGGCGUUGGCUUCUGCCCCAGGCUGAUUUAUGAUUGGUCCACAGGUACAGCCUCCUAUACCCUACAGGGUCCACAGUGUGGAAACUGCCAGUGAUUCUGGAUGUCAUGCCAUGGUUAUUUGGCCCAGCUGCUGGACCUCACUGGGUUCAUUUGACUCAGCAACCUGGAGCUACAGCUGUCCUGCCUGUCCCCUGUACCCCUUUGGCCUCCACUCACCACCUGGUUUCUGCCCCAGAGUGUGGUGGCUCAGGCUGGGGUAUAGAAGACAGGUGUGACACCCCAGUGGCCUUUGGUCCUGUGGCUCUGGGAGUACCCCCCACUUCUCCCUCAGGGACUAGGAAUAAGAAUAAAAAGUGAAGUGGC